UAGGCGUCCGGCCUGGCCCGGUACCAGGUACAGCCCGCCGGACACGGAGGGCCCGUUGGGUUUCUAAAGAAGUGGCUCCGCUCCUGCGCAGUCCUGGCCUCUCCGGCCUCGGUGGAUAGUCCAGAGUCGCAGGACCUCCACUAGCCUGUCUUCGCCUGGAGUCUCCCGGCGCUUCGGAUUCGGCCGCCGGCGCAGCGAAGUGCCUGCUCUGACAGCCCCCGCUCGGUACUCCCGCGGCCUCCGGGCGGCUGUUUUCCGGGGUUGGGACUGCCAGGUUCCAGGUGUGGUUUAGCAAGAACGGAUCCAGUAUAGGCAGCUGAGGACCUCCGGUGACCAUCUUAACACAUCUGUAAAUCACAAGUAAGGAUUUAACCUGCUGACUGGCUGUGUGGACCAAACCUUAUUCAUCUCCCGCCAGACUGCCUAGUGGCCUUGCUUCCACUCCCAUCCCUCUGGUCUUAACUGGCUUCUUGGGCUCAGAGAGGACUUUCACUUGGACUUACAGAGGCUGGAGCCGGGAAAUGGAAUCAGUGAUAUUUGAGGAUGUGGCUGUGGACUUUACACGGGAAGAGUGGGCUUUGCUGAAUUUUGCUGAGAGAAAACUCUACAGGGAUGUGAUGAUGGAAACCUUCAGGAACCUAGCCUCAGUUGUUUCUCAACAGGUUGAUAAUGGACAAAUGGUGUCCAGUGAACAUUUAAUAAUGCGAUUCAUGAAGAAUAAUUCCCAGUACACCAUGUUAGGAGAAAUCUGUGAAUCCCAUGGCAUUGAAGAGCAGCAUAACAACCAGGGGAGGCAUGUGAGAAGGCAUACAAUUGAGAGCCUCCAGGAAAGUAAAGAAGGGAAAGUAAAGAAAAGGAAAGAAGGUAAAAAGUGUGGAAAACCUUUCAGCAAGAUUGCAUAUCUUACCAGGCUCAAAAGAACUCCUGCUAAAGAAAAUCCUUUUGAAUGCCAUGAGUGUGGAAAAGCUUUCAUGAAUCAUUCUUCAUUUAAAUAUCACAUCAGAUCUCAUGCUGGAUAUAAUACCUAUCAAUGUAAGGAAUGUGGAGUAGCCUGCGGUUGUUCCUCUCACUUAAGCACUCAUGUAAAAACUCUUACUGGAAAGAAAAUUUAUAAAUGUAAGGAAUGUGGCAUUACCUGUAGUUGUUCGUCAUCCCUCACUACACAUAUAAGAACUCUUGGUAGAGAGGGGCCUUAUGAAUGUAUGGAAUUUGGGAAAGGCUUUCGUCAGUUCUCAACCCUCAUUGAACAUAAAAAAAUUCAUAGUGGAAAGCAUCCUUAUGAGCGUAAGGAAUAUGGGAAUACCGUUAGUUCUUCCUCAUCCCUCAGUAAAUUUAUAAGUACUCACAGUGAACAGAGGCCUUAUAAACGUAAGGAAUGUGGGAAAGCAUUUCAUCAGUCCUCAUCCCUCAGUAAUCAUAAAAGAACUCACACUGGAGAUAAGCCUUAUGAAUGUAAAGAAUGUGGGAAAGGAUUUAGUACGUCCUCAGAGCUGACUGGCCAUGUAAGAACUCACAGUGGAGAGCACCGUUAUGAAUGUAAGGAAUGUGGAAAAGCUUUUAGUUGUGCCUUAUCCUUCACUAGACAUGUAAGAACUCAUAGUGAAGGGCAACCUUAUAAAGAAUAUGGGAAAGCAUUUAGUCAAUCCUCAUCCCUCAGUAAUCCUACAAGAAGUCACAUUGGAGAGAAGACUUAUGAAUGUAAGGAAUGUGGGAAAGCAUUUAGUAAGUCCUCAAAGCUGACUAUACAUAUAAGAACUCACAGUGGAGAGCGACCUUAUGAAUGUAAGGAAUGUGGGAAAGCCUUUAGUUGUGCCUCAUCCCUCAUUACACAUGUAAGAACUCACAGUGGAGAGAGGCCUUAUAAAUGUAAGGAAUGUGGGAAAGCCUUUAGUCAGUCCUCAUCCCUCAGUAGUCAUAAAAGAAUUCACACUGGAGAGAGGCCUUAUGAAUGUAAGGAAUGUGAGAAAGCCUUUAGUUGUGCAUCAUCCCUCACUAAACAUAUAAGAAGUCACAGUGGAGAGAGGCCUUACGAAUGUAAGGAAUGUGGGAAAGCCUUUAACCGGUCCUCCCACCUCACUACACAUAUAAGAACUCACAGUGGAGAGAGGCCUUAUGAAUGUAAGGAAUGUGGAAAAGCCUUUAGGCAGUCCUCACACCUGAUCAAUCAUAUAAGAACUCACAGUGGAGAGCGGCCUUAUGAAUGUAAGGAGUGUGGAAAAGCCUUUAGUAAGUUCUCUUCCCUAAGUAAACACAAAAGAAUUCACAGUGGAGAGCGGCCUUAUGAAUGUAAGGAAUGUGGGAAAUCUUUUCGUGAUGUCUCAAGCCUGACUAUACAUAGAAGAAACCAUAGUGGAGAGUUUCCUUAUAAAUGUAAGGAAUGUGGUAAAGUCUUUAGUUGGUCCUCUUCCCUCACUACACAUAUAAGAACUCACAGUGGAGAGAGGCCUUAUAAAUGUAAGGAAUGUGGAAAAGCCUUUAACCAGUCCUCACACCUAAUCAACCAUAUAAGAACUCACAGUGGAGAGCGGCCUUAUGAAUGUAAGGAAUGUGGGAAGGCAUUUAGUAAGUUCUCAUCACUCAGUAAACAUAAAAGAACUCACAGCGGAGAGCGGCCUUAUCAAUGUAAAGAGUGUGCAAAGUCUUUUCGUGAUUUCUCAAGCCUCACUACACAUAUAAGAACCCAUAAUGGAGAGAUUCCUUAUAAAUGUAAGGAAUGUGGGAAACAAUUUAGUUGGUUCAAAUCCCUCAGGAAACAUAUAAGAACUCACAGUGGACAGAGUCCUUACCAGUGUAAGCAAUGAGAUAAAGUGUUGUUCUCAGCCUUUUGAAGACGUAAGAAAGUACA